AUGGCUGAGCAGAAUAAAGCGCCUUCUGGGCCUCAGGAACAACCCUAUCAUCCACCGCCACCACCUCCAGCAGUCCAGGUCCCUUAUCCACAACCUUACGGCGGUCCCUACCCACCACCACCCGGGGCUGCGCCUUACCCUCCAGGCCCCUAUUUCGCUUAUCCUCCUGCACCAGCAGACGGCAGUCACGCCGAAAACGGUCAGAAUGGUGUUCCUCCAGGUCCUUACAUGAUGUUCGGACCACCGGGUGUCGUUUACUACCCUCAACCACCCCAGGGCCAAGCCCUGGCCACGCCCCCUGUGGGCGCUGCAGGUGCAGCAGCGGUUACGAAGCCAAAGCGCAAGCAAGUGAAGAUGGCUUGUACCAACUGUGCCGCCGCGUGCAAACGUUGCGAUGAGAACCGGCCUUGUGAACGUUGUCAGAAGUAUGGCAUCUCGGACAGCUGCGUGGACGGUCAACGUAAAGAACGCAAGAAGGGAAUCAAACGCGGUCCGUACAAGCGGAAGAACAAGUCGACAUCGGAAAGUCCUUCGUUCCAAGGUGACUGGCCCUCAUCAGGUACACAAGCCCCUGCAUCCGCCCCUCCCGCUGCCGCUCCUCCAGCCGGAGCCGCCAUUCAUGCUGUUCCCGGUUUCGCUCCUCCCGAAGGCUACUACCCCGCAAUUCUUUAUCCGCCGCCUCCAUACCUUCCUCAUCCUCCUGAAGGUCAACCUGGGGCAGAAGGCUCGCCCCCUCACCCGCCACCUGGUCAGCCGCCGAUGAUGCCAUACUAUAUCCAUCCCGGAGGAUACCCUCCCUAUUACCCUAUGUAUCCGCCACACAUGGCUCCCCCUCCGCCAGGGUCUGUUUCAGCCCCUGCUGCUGCUCCUGCCGUUCAAAACGGCACUCAGGAGCAACCUCAAACGGUCAACCCUUCAGAUACGUCCAAGAAGGACGAUGCAGCACCCGACGCAAACGGUGCCGACGCGAACGGGAAGAAACGGCCACGCAAUUCCAAGGGUGGGGAGGCCUCCAAGAAUAAACGGGCAAAGACUGCCCGCAACGGCAAGGACAAGGACGACGACGACGACUCGACUUCGGAGACAGAAGGCCCGGCAAAUGGGCCACCUUAAUUUUAUCAUCCUCGUGUUAUGUCUUCUGCUCGUUCUUGCAAUCUACAAUCUCCCCCGAUCGAAUAGACCAACACCUCUUUCGUGGUUAUCCGUUAACGUCGUCAACGAUUUCGUCACAUAGACGCCGGCCUUGGCCUAGGUUCGUCGACCACCUCUUGGACCAGACUUUCCAAUCCAAGGUUUCAUUUCAUAUCCACACCACACCCAACCCCGGUUUCCUUUUUUCUUGUUUUUACUUUUUCGGGGUGUCCACUGGCUUUUUGACCUUCAACUGGGCCCUAUCUUGGGUCGCUGUCAGAGCUGUGCUCGUUGUGGACCCGGUUGUUGCUCGUCAAAUGACCUUAGGUUAUCCCGACUUGUAUGUGACAAUCCGUAUUACCUUGCCGCCGUUAUGGUCUGAUUAUAUCUGCUGUUUCUCCACUCUCAUGCUGCUUUCUCAUCCCUCUCUUAUUCACGAUCUAUUUAUGUGUUUUGACGCUUUGAAGUACAUUUUUAUUCUCUAGUAGUCUCCCAGUGACCCUUGUUGAUUUCAACCGCUGGUGAUAC